AGGAAGAGACCUGCCCGGAACGAUGACAUUGGCGAGGAUUUAUAUGAAAAUGUAGUUUCCAUCUUCAAUUACCCAGGCAUAGGUAAAGGUGCUACGACACAACGAUACAUCCUGGGUGGGGAAUUGCAAAUUGCGCAUACUUAUAUCCUCAUGAAUUGUCCAGAAAUCUCACCGUUUUAUCAGUAAGUUAAAUUUGUAGUUAUAAUUGUAAUACUUAUAAAUUAAAUUUGUAGUUAAUUUAUAGUUUUUUUUAUUUUUUAUUUUUGACUUCACAGUGAAUUCCGAGCUUCUUUAUCAGCCUUUCCUGAGAAUGAAAAUUGAUGCGUUGGUGGACUCUGAUUUUGUAAAUUGGUACAAGUAUCAGAUCAACAAUCGUGGGAUUGUCGACCCUUUGUUAGUAUCAUUAGCGUGGGGCCCAGGUACCAGUGCCAAAGUGUGGCGGCAAUAUGUGAUAAACGGUUACACAUAUCACACAGCCGAUUACGGACAGGGCCGACCAACAACGAACAACGGGUUAUGUGUCCCGACCAUCGGUUAUGAUAACUCGGAAACCAAUUUUUUUGGUGUCCUGCAGGAGAUUCUGGAACUUGAGAUGCCUUCUAGUGCGCAAAAAAUGACAUGUGUUCUGUUCCGCUGCACAUGGGUCGAUCCCACACGUGGCGUGCGAAAAAAUCCGAAGUAUAAUAUGAUUGACGUCAACCUCUCUCGUGUGUACCCGAAAAAUGAGCCUUUCAUACUCGCCCAACAAGCAGCGCAGAUUUAUUAUGCAGAAUAUCCUACAACAAGGCGAACCCAGAAUCCUUGGGUGUGUGCAUGUCCUGUCCGUCCGAACAAAAUUAAAUCACAAACUCAACACAAGGACGUUGAUCUAGAUGCUUUUCAGCAACAAUUUUUCCAACCUCUGCCUAUUGUUGAGACGGUCAACUAUAACGUCCAAUUAAGUGAUCCAAAUGGCGGACGUGUUGAAGUCAUGCCAGAAACGCACCUUC